AUGCCAACUAGGCCCAAUUCUGCAGUAAUCCUUUCUGAAAAAACCAAACCAGAAAAGGUUUCAGUGUACCUGCCGGGAAUCCCCGAGCCGACGACCAGAGCAGAGCUCAUGAAGCACUGGCUGAAUUUGACUUUGGACGAUAAGACUGCAAACAGGAUGUUGUGGAUUUCUGAUGGUGGAUCGAAGGUGUCUCGUAAAACCGUGGAAGUCUGUCCAGUCCUCGAUCGGCCCGAGAGAUAUGAAUGCUCUCCUCAGGUGUUGUGCAAGGAAGGUAUUUGGAACAUGAGGGCUUACUGGGAGGUGGAGUAUUCAGGGUGGGUGGUAAUUGGAGCCACCUACGAAGAAUCGGGCAGGAGGGCAACUUCUGGACAAAUUGGUCUCGGGGAAAACGAGGAGUCCUGGGGCCUGUGCUGGUCAGGAACGCGCUACCAGAUCUGGUUCAACGGCGUCGACAAAGACAUAGAAGAUGUGCCGUAUUGCUCAACGAUCGGGGUUUACAUCGACCAGCCGGCAGGAGUGAUCAACUUCUACACCGUUUCCGGUGAGGGGGCGGAGCGAGAGGUCAAGCUGCUGUACAAAGUUACAACUUCGAUAGAGAAAAAGGUUCUUCCGGGUUUCUGGAUGGGAAUUCAGUCAUCAUGCACCUUGUUGAAAAAAACGGAAUGA